AUGCAGGCUGAGACCAAAGCGCGUAUUGUACAGGCUUCGGCCGCGCACCUGAAGCCGGACGCGCGUCUUGUGUACGGCACGGCCGGUUUCCGUACCAAGGCCGAGCUGCUGGACAGCACCUGCUUCCGCAUCGGCCUCAUUGGCGCACUGCGCAGCAUGGCGCUCGGCGGCCAGGUCGUCGGGCUGAUGGUCACCGCGAGCCACAACCCCGAGCCGGACAAUGGUGUAAAGAUGGUGGAUGCGCACGGCGAGAUGCUCGAGGCUUCGUGGGAGCCGGUGUGCACCAAGAUUGCCAACGCGAGCACGCCGGACGAGCUGCUCGCCGAGCUCGACAACGUCGUGAGCACGUUCAAGGUCGAUGUCGGCGUGCGUCCCCGGGUCGUGUACGCGUGGGACACGCGUCCGUCGUCGCCGGCACUCGUCGGCGCGAUCGUCGACGGCCUCCAGGCGUUUGACACGGAGAAGGUCGAGGGCGGCCUGCUGACCACGCCCCAGCUGCACUACCUUGUCCUGGCGCUCAACACCCAAGGCACGCCGGACGCGUACGGCGUGCCGACCGAGGAGGGCUACUACGAGAAGCUCGGCAAGGCGUACCUUGCUGCAACCGAGGGCCUCCCUGCGCCGGUGCCGCUCGCGGUGGACUGUGCGAAUGGUGUCGGUGCCAAGGCGCUCCAGGGCCUGAUGCACCACGUCCCCGCGGAACGUCUCCCGCUGAUUCCCCUGCGCACCGAGAUGCACGCCCCCGGCAAGCUGAACGACCAGUGCGGUGCGGACUUUGUCAAGACGCAGCAAAAGCUGCCGACGGGCUACGCGUCCGAGGACGCGGUCAAGCCGAAUGCGCUCCUGUGCUCGUACGACGGCGACGCGGACCGUAUCGUCUUUUACUACCUGAGCGGCCCUGCGAGCGACGCCGCGAGCUUCCACCUGCUCGACGGCGACAAGAUUGCGAGUCUCGCGGCCGACUACCUGUCCGAGCUCGUCAAGACCGCUGGGCUGGACAUUAAGCUCGGCUGCGUGCAGACUGCCUACGCAAACGGCGCCUCGACCAAGUACCUGAGCGAGCGCGUGCCGGUGUCGUGCACGCCGACCGGCGUCAAGCAUCUGCACCACGAGGCGGCCAAGUACGCGAUCGGCGUGUACUUUGAGGCGAACGGCCACGGCACCGUCCUCUUUUCGCCGGACGCGCGUGCCGCGAUGAAGGCCGCGCAGCCGUCGACGCCCGAGGCGAAGCAGGCGCUCGUGCGCCUCGAGAACAUGGCCGAGCUCAUCAACCAGACGGUCGGCGACGCGCUCUCCGACAUGCUCAUGGUCCUCGCGAUCCUUGCCGCGCGCCGCUGGGGCCCGGCCGAGUGGGACGCGAGCUACACGGACCUGCCGAACAAGCUGCUCAAGGUCCAGGUGCCCGACCGCACGCAGUUCAAGACGACCGACGCGGAGCGCCGCCUCACUGCGCCCGACGGCCUGCAGGCCAAGAUCGACGCGCUGGUCGCCAACUUUACCCAGGGCCGCUCGUUUGUGCGCCCCAGCGGUACGGAGGACUGUGUGCGUGUCUAUGCCGAGGCCGCGACGGCGGACGAGACCCAGGCGCUUGCCAAGCAGGUCGCCGAGCUCGUCGAAAGCGCCUAA